AGACAGAAAAGGCUAACUGAGCUGUGUUGCCUUCUGGAUUGGGGUGGGGAUAUAACUGAGAAAAUUAAGAAGAGCACAGUUUUGUUCCAAAUCAGUAACUGCUAUGGUUCUAGCUAGCAAGCAAUCCUGGUGCUGCUGGUGGUAACCGCCCUCUUGGCGAACAAACUGGUUAUAAAAGAAGAGAGGGAGAAACCAGUUGGUUAUUGAUAUUUUUACACGUGACUAAUCACCAGCCUUCAGACUCAAAAACAUGGCUGAGCCUGGUGAUAGCCAUAAACUUAUAAACAUGGAAGUAAAUCAACUUAGACACUCGCAGAGUUGUGAAGAAACAACUUCAGUGGGGCUGAAAAGAAUGCAAAAGCGAUUUCUCCAGAAAGAUGGAAGCUGCAAUGUAUACUUCAAACACAUCUUUGGGGAGUGGGAAAGCUAUGUGACUGAUAUUUUCACCACAUUAGUGGAUAUUCAAUGGCGUCACAUGUUUGUGAUUUUCUCAUUGUCCUACGUCCUUUCUUGGUUGUUCUUUGGCUUGGUCUUCUGGCUGAUUGCACUCCAGCAUGGUGACUUAUCCCUUGAUAAAGAAGUGACCCCUUGCGUUGAUAAUGUCCAUAGUUUCACAGGGGCUUUCUUGUUCUCUCUUGAAACACAGACAACCAUUGGCUAUGGAUCUCGUUGUGUCACUGAAGAAUGCUCAGCAGCAAUCCUCACAGUUAUCCUUCAAUCAGUUUUAGGUUGCAUCAUUGACACAUUCAUCAUUGGAGCUGCCUUGGCCAAAAUGGCAACUGCCCGAAAACGAGCUCAGACAAUCCGCUUCAGCUAUUAUGCUACAGUAGGUUUAAGAGAUGGCAAGCUAUGUCUGAUGUGGCGUGUGGGUGAUUUCCGUCCUAAUCAUAUGGUGGAAGGUACAGUGAGAGCCCAGCUCUUGCGAUAUGUGGAAGACAGACUGGGGAGAAUGGCAAUGGAAUACAAAGAUUUAAAACUGUUAAAUGACCAGAUCAUUGUUGCUACUCCAGUGACCAUUGUACACGAAAUCAACCAAGAUAGCCCAUUGUAUGAACUAGAUAGGAAAGCUCUAGCUAGAGAUAACUUUGAGAUCCUGGUGACAUUUGUUUACACUGGAGAUUCAACAGGGACAUCACAUCAGUCAAGGAGUUCAUAUGUGCCUCGAGAAAUCCUUUGGGGCCACAGAUUCAAUGAUGUUCUGCAAAUGAAGAAAAAAUACUACAAAGUUAACUGCCUCCAGUUUGAAGAAACCACAGAGGUUUAUGCUCCUUUUUGUAGUGCAAAGCACCUAGAGAGGAAGGAACAAGAAUACACAACUUUUGAAAAGGCCUCAGAUGGGGAACCUGGAACAUCUUCAGCAUUAUCAGGACUCAGAAUGCGGUCAUUCAGUGCAGAUGCUUUAAUCAUCCAUUCGGAAACAUCAGAUGAAUCACCCAAAGUUUCUAAUCAAGUCAAUACAAUGGAGGUACCAUAUGAUAGGGCUCUGGUGACUUUAAGCAGAAUCUCAAUGGAAUCCCAGAUCUAGAAAUCUGUGGUCAUGGCUGUUGUGAUCUUUUUGCAGGGUGGUGGCAUUUUUCAAGCGCACAAGUUUUACUUAGCCGUCAGGUCAUAAAUGCAAGAAACAACUCACAACUUCACUUAAUAACUAUUUUUGUUUCAUAGAUAAGUCAACUGUUACUUAUUUCCUUUAAAAUUACUCUUCUUUGGAAGUUAUAAAUUUUUGUAGACCAAUAAUAUAAUUCUAAAAAAAAUGCUCAGCAGUGCUCAGUUGAAAGGUAAUCUGGUGACAGAAAAGAAUCUUGAAAGAUUGUUUGAAUUUAAUCAAUCUGUGUCCCAUGUAAUCAUAUCAUUUAGAUAUAUUAAUGUUGAAAUGUGUGCUUAAGAGUGAUGUCCAAGAAAUUUUUUAGCAAUUUCAAAUUAAUAUAUACAUGCAUAUUGCAGAGAUUAUAUCCUUAUUUUUGAAACUUUUGAUAAUUUUGGUUUUGAUGCUUCUCAACAUGUUAGUCUUCUCUUGAGCAAAUGUAUUUCUCUUUAUAAAAACACUCAGAUCUGAGUCAUUUUCUCUGUCUUUUGGCAGUUUCAAAUACAGUGGGGCCUCCUUAUCUGAUUUAAACAUCCACAGAGAGCAAGCCUCUUGUUGCCACCAUGCCACCAUUAAGAAUGGUUCCUGUUGUUGCCUGCUGAGGGAGUUUUAGCCCUUCCUGUCACAGCCUCAUCCCUCAGCCCAGGGUCAUCAUGAAGAGCCCAAGAAGAAGAAGAGGAGGAGGCGAAAGCUAAAGAGAGGUUGUCCUCAGGGUCCCCUUUACCCUGGAGGCUGCCUCCUUCUUCUCCUCCUCCUCCUCCUCCUCCAGAUAGACAAUAAAGCACCCUCCUUCAACUUUCUUGGCUUCCAAUGGCAGGGCCAGAGCUCUCUGAGGCAAGACUGGACUUGAUUCACCUUUUGUUUGCCUCCAAAGAGCUCCUCAGUAACUUGGGGGGAGAAGAAAAAGUGUGGGAGAGCAGCUCUUCAGAAAGACACACCACCACCACCCCAUUUCUUUCUUCAUCUCUUGGCUACCUUGGGCUGGCUUUUCUCCUCUUGGCCACCUGGCCACCCAUGGUGGGAGGAGCCAUGCAGGUUGGUCCCUGCCAAUCCCUGCCUGCCCUCCUCCUCCUCAACUGGCUGAGUGGGGUUGGGGGGCAGCAUGGCCUGGGCAUCCAACCCUUUCCACCAUGGCUCAACUGCUCCAGGAGUGUAGUGGUGGCAAUGCUCCUCCUCGCAUGGCCCUGACCAGCUCCAAAUGGAGCCCAAAGCCCCCAGCUAGCCCCCACCUUUUCACCAGAUUCUCCACAUGCCCCUUGGUAGGCUUGGCCAGGCCUCAACACCCUCCUUCCCCACCUCUGCCUCCCCAUCAGAGGACCUUAUCAGAAGAAGCUUACCUAAGAACAAUGGGACUUGAGCAUCCGUACUUUUGGCAUCCAUGUGUGUAUAGGAUCCAGAAUGGAUCUCCCACGGAUACCGAAGUCCCACUGUAAAAUACAUUGAGUCCUGCAUUAAUUGGGGGGGGGGGGGUAACAGAGAUUUUGAAAAAUCUUGCCAAAAUCACAAUUUGAUGAUACUUCCUUUGCUUGCACUUUACUAAUGUUAAUUCAUGAUUUAAUUACUGUAUGUUUCAUGUGAGCAGAUAAGGACAAUGCUCAAAUCUAUGGAUUGAGGAUUUCCAUUUUAUAUGUUUCCAUAAUGUAAUUAUUCUGUGUGCAGAAUAACUUUAAAAUUUGUUUUGCAUAUUUGAAAAAAAAAGUUUUUAACAUAGAGAGGAUGAUGUAAAGGUGUGAUUUAAAAUUAAUAUAUA